GGCCCGAGGCUCGACUUCCACGUGGGAGCCCCUCCGGCCCUCUCGGACUCCCUCCAGGGAGGGCGCCCGCACCCUGCCAUCGCAGUAGCUGUGGCCAGGACGUCCACACGCGGCCGCCUGCCGCCCGAUCUCGAGCCAGGUCUCUCCCUUUGUGCUUGGGGGCAAGGGAGGACUGGAGCCAGGUCGGCCCCUCACCUGGGCGCCCCUCUGUUCCCCAGACCCGCCAUCCCUGAACCCCGUUCCCUCACUGCACACACCCCUAAAGUCGGAGGCUCGCACUUAAGGAGCGAUCACCAGCAGUGUGAGAGCCUCCAAAGGGCAGUCCCGUGCCUCCCCACCCGGAGGAGGAGCAGGACAGGCGCCCAGGACUUUCUCUUAGGGUGCCUCGCCGCGUGUCCUCCCCGUGGGCAGCGCGCAAGCAGUGAUCCCGCGGGGCCCCGAGUGCCCGCCUCCUGGGGGAACACGAGUGGCCAGAGCCCCGCGCACCCCACGCUCACCCGCGUCGCGCCUCCCCUCUCUCCGCAGCGCCUGCCGUCCGUCCGACGUGCACUCAUGGAGGGCCUGGGCCGCUCGUGCCUUUGGCUACGCCGCGAGCUGGCGCCUCCGAGGCCGCGCCUGCUGCUCCUAGACUGUCGCAGCCGCGAGCUGUACGAAUCAGCGCGCAUCGGCGGGGCUCUGAGCGUGGCGCUGCCCACGCUGCUGCUGCGCCGCCUGCGGAGGGGGAGCCUGUCGGUGCGCGCUCUGCUGCCUGGGCCGCCGCUGCAGCCGCCGCCCCCUGCACCCGUGCUGCUGUACGACCAGGGCGGGGGCCGGCGCCGGCGCGGGGAGGCCGAGGCUGAGGAGGCCGAGGAGUGGGAGGCUGACUCGGUGCUGGUCACCCUGCUGCAGAAGCUGCGCGAGGAAGGCUACCUGGCGUACUACCUCCAGGGUGGUUUCAGCCGGUUCCAGGCCGAGUGCCCCCACCUGUGUGAGACUAGCCUCAGCAGUUGUGGGGGCUCCAGCCUGGUGCCAGUGCCCAGCCCAGUGCCCGUGGUGGGGCUGGGCAGCCUGUGCCUGGCCUCUGACUGCUCCGACGCUGACGCCGAGGCCGACCGAGACUCCAUGAGCUGUGGCCUGGAUUCGGAGGGCACCACGCCCCCACCCAUGGGGCUGCUGCCCUCCUUCCCAGUCCAGAUCCUGCCCAACCUCUACCUGGGCAGUGCUCAGGAUUCGGCCAACCUGGAGAGCCUGGCCAAGCUGGGCAUCCGCUACAUCCUCAAUGUAACCCCCAACCUCCCGAACCUCUUCGAGAAGAACGGUGACUUUCACUACAAGCAGAUCCCCAUCUCGGACCACUGGAGCCAGAACCUGUCCCAGUUCUUUCCGGAGGCCAUUACAUUCAUCGAUGAGGCCUUGUCCCAGAACUGCGGGGUGCUCGUCCACUGCCUGGCAGGGGUCAGCCGCUCUGUCACCGUCACCGUGGCCUACCUCAUGCAGAAGCUCCACCUGUCCCUCAACGACGCCUACGACCUGGUGAAGAGGAAGAAGUCAAACAUCUCGCCCAAUUUCAACUUCAUGGGGCAGCUGCUGGACUUCGAGAGCAGCCUGCGCCUGGAGGAACGGCGCAUGCGCGGCCAGGGCUCUGCCGCCUCUGACCCCCCGUCCUUCUUCACCACUCCCACCAGUGAUGGGGUCUUCGAGCUGGAUCCUACAUAAGGCCUUACGGGGCCGCAGGCUGCUGCCCACCCAACCCAGCCAGUGACGCUCAGUCACCAGACGG